AUGACACGUCCCCCGGCCACAGUCGAGACAACAGCACCCGGCGGCGGUGAACAGAACAAGGACAGGAUGACCCCAGAGGACAUAGAGGAGCUGUUCAAGCGCACCGACGGUGUGGUCGCGGUGGUGCAGCAGGGCUCUGGCGGCGACGAGGACGAUGACGAGGAGCCCACCCUGACCGCGGACGAGACGAGCUACCGGAUCGCCCGCCUCAAGGACGUCCUGCUUGAGGCCCAGAGUGCUUGGGAUAGCGCAUCUGAGGAUCUUGACCGCAUCGCCGAGAAGCUUGGUGAUGGGAGCCGGCGCUAUGAAAAUAGAGCCCGCGUCGUGGAGGGCGGCCACAUCAACGCCAUUAUAGACCUCCUUCAGCAUGAUUCCUUGCUACCAUAUGUGAUUACCGUCUUGUACAAUAUCUUGGUAGACUAUGAACCAGUUCAACUGCAGGCCUCUGAGGCCGGCCUCAGCCAGCGGCUAAUAAACCUCCUCGGAGGGCCUCGCCUCGAGACGUCCCGUCCCUUGAUCGGUCUGAUAUGCAAGAUCCUCGCCCUCCUCAUCACACAGGAGCCCGAGGCUCGCAUCGGGUCCCCAGCAACGCCGCGGGUCCUUCUCAGCAUCGCCACCGACCAGGAGCACCCCGUCGAAGUCGAGGACUUCAGCGCCCUCACCUCAGUGGCACUCGCGUACUUGACCCACGAGACAUUCCAGGCGAGCAAUCUGGCCAGCGUCCCUCUACUCCUGGACGCAUUCUUCAUGGCCCACACGGUCUUCGACCCAUCCGAUACUGAUGACCCUGACGCCGCGGCGCAGUUGAAGCAAGUCCGCACCGCCUUCGUCCCCGUGCUCGCCGAUAUCUCGGCGCUGCCCGAAUUUAUCACUGUGCCAGCCCAGGGCGCCGGCCAGGCACAGUUACUGGAACACCCCGUUCUCAAGACCCUGCAGGGCUGGUUAAGCGGCCCGCCCGAGCAUCCCACCCUGCAGUCUGCGGCGUGCCUGGCACUGGGCAACGUGGCGCGCAGCGACACGACAUGCGAGACCCUCGUUGGCGGCGCCGCCAUCCACGAGCCGCUCAUCGAGCUCUUGAUGAGUUGCACGGGCAGCGGGACAGCAACAACAACAUCAACAUCACCGCACAACCCACAGCUCACGCAUGCGGUGAUCAGCUUCCUCAAGAACCUCGCCAUCCCCGCCGCCAACAAGCCCGCGCUGGGCCGCCUGCUGGAGCCGGGCCUGCUGCCCAAGCUGUGGUCCACGUGGGGCGACACACAGCCGCAGUCCCAAUUCGCAGCCGUGUCGCUGGGGCGCUUGCUGCUGGUGAAUUGCCCGCCGAACGUGGGGAGGCUGUGCAAGCCGCUGUCGGGCUUCGGUCCAGAUUCGUCGGAUGACACCCGCAAGACCAACCUACACGUCCUACUAGGCCUCUUCGAUCGCAGCGACGUCGAGCCGACCAAGACGGAGGUCGCCCGGGCCGUGGCGAACGUGUGCCGGACCCUGCACUCCGCGCCCGUGGAAUCCGUCCUGUCGGAAGAGUGGGAAGAGGCACCACCACCAACAUCAUCCUCUGCCGAGGACCACGACAGCACCACGCAAGAAGCGCCCAACCACAGCUCCAGUGCCACAAGCACAAACACGGAAGACCCCUCUUCCUCCCCCACCGAAACCCGCCGCGCGCACUUCUACGCCGCGCACCACCCGUCCCUCCCAAGGGCACUCUCCCUCCUCCUGACCCAGGCCCGCUUCCCCGCCCUACGGUCCGAGGCCUGGUUCGUCCUCGCCCUGACGAGCCGCCGCUCGCCCUCGGGCGCCCGCGUCGCCCGCACGGCGCUGGAGCCCGUGGGCGCCUGCCGCGCAUUGGUCGAGGCGGUCACGGGGCGGCGGGACAUCUCGGACGGGGACGACCUGCUAGCGGCGUCAUCGUCCGGGAGUGCCGACGACACCGUCGAGGAUGUGCUGAGCAACAGCACCGGCGGUGGUGGCGCGGGUGCCCAGCAGCAGCAGGGACAGGAGGUGGUCACGGUCGGCGGGGUGAGCAUCGGGAUGGAAGGCCUGGGCCUCGGGGACCUGCAGCCGCGGCAGGUCGACCCGGCGGCGAGGGCGGGCAUGGCGCGGGUCGACCGGGAGAACGCGCUGUGUCUCGUUGCCGAGCUGGUCCGGGACGGCGCCGGUGGUGAGCUGGACCCGGCGAGGAAGGGCAUCUACGAGCGGCUGCUGGUGACGGGCGGGGAGCUGGUUCUGAACUCGAGGGGCGAGGGUGCUAGUGGGUGA